AUGUCUGGCUCGUUGCAGUUCACAGGAAGAAUGUCGGCAGUAUUGGUUUGUCCACAGUUAUCCUGUCCAGAGGUUCACUGCUGCAGCAGCAAAUUGGUUGGAUCUCCAGAGAACACAAUGGCGAGACUCCUCUCAGCUCUGGGCGUUCUGCUCGUUCUGCAUGUCGCCUCAUCCGCUAAACUGGUGUGCCACAUGACCAACUGGGCCCAGUACAGACCCAGCAGUGCGAAAUUCACCCCAGACAACAUCGACCCCUUCCUGUGCACACACGUCAUCUACGCUCUGGCAACCAUCAACAGCUUCAACCAGAUCCACCCCAUCGAGUGGAACGAUGAGCAGCAGUACAGCAGGCUCAACAACCUCAGGAAUGUCAAUCCUGCACUGAAAACUCUACUGUCUGUUGGUGGCACAGUCAAUGGAAUAAGCCCAUUCAUCGCCAUGGUUGCCAGGCCUGAGGGCCGUGCAGCCUUCAUCAGGUCGGCCAUCAGCUUCCUGCGCACCCAUAACUUUGAUGGGCUGAACCUGGACUGGGAAUAUCCUGGAAACAAUGGCAGCCCACAGGAGGACAAGGAGAAGUUCACCCUGCUGGUCACGGAGCUGUCCAAGGCCUUUGAGGAUGAUGCCAGAGACAACAGGAAAACUCAGCUGCUGCUGUCCGCCAAUGUUGCUGCUUUCCGUCCCAACAUCGACAGAGCCUAUGAGGUCAACAAGAUUGCACCACACCUUGACUUCAUCAACGUCAUGACCUAUGACUUCCAUGGAUCCUGGGAGGCAGUUACUGGACACAACAGCCCACUGUACCGCAGCUCUGUGGACUCCGGCUCGCACAUUCAUCACAAUAUCAACUCCUCUCUAUCCUACUGGCUGGCUCUGGGAGCCCCAGCUGAGAAGCUGCUGCUGGGUUUCCCCACCUACGGACGAACCUACCGCCUUAGCAGCGCAGUUACCGCCCUAGGAGCACCGGCUAAUGGCCCCGCAGACGCCGGACCCUACACUCGCACUGCUGGCUUCUGGGCAUACUAUGAGAUCUGUGACUUCACAUCCAGUGCGACUCUUGGAUGGAUCUCUGAACAGGAGGUUCCUUAUGCUUCUUAUGGCAGUUCCUGGGUGGGCUAUGAUGACAAGCGCAGCUAUUCUUCCAAGGUCCAGUGGAUGACUGCCCACAGCCUGGGAGGUGCACAUGUGUGGACUCUGGACAUGGAUGACUUUGGUGGAUACUUCUGCUCAGCUGGAACUUACCCGCUCAUCAACCACCUCAGGAUGUCAAUGGGCUUCUCUCCAAAGCCCACCACCACCCCAGGCCCCACUACCACCAGGAACCCCAUCGCCGACUUCUGCCGUGGCCGCCCCGAUGGCCUGUAUGAGAAUAUCGCUGAUAAGACCACCUACUUCCAGUGCUUCCAGGGAAACACCUACCUGCACCGCUGCCAGCCUGGCCUGAUCUACUGGGACUCCUGCAAGUGCUGCAACUGGCCCUGAGCUACAAAAACUUGAAUUACAAGCACACAGUCCAUGAGAAAAUCGCUCUUUGCAGCUGGCUCACUGCGUUCCUAAACAAAAUAAACAAAACCAUAUCAUUACAUGCCCUGGUGAAAGAUAUGACUAUUACUUUUGUGUUUUGUAAGAAAAGUGAACAUUUCUCUACACUUCAUACAUAUUAAAUUCAUUUUAUACUCUGCUUAUCUACAUUUAUUCUUAAUUUGGUGACUCCAGUUUUAAGUGAAGGUUACUGGUGUGUUUCCAGUGUUUGUGUCCACUCCACUAUAACACUCUCAACAGUAAUAUAUUCUUAUGUAUGUCUGUCCACAUACUUUCAGCAGUAACUCUAUAGUAUUGUAAGAUACACAAAAACCUUCAGUUGUAGACUAGUUGAUGAGCAAAUUGGUAACGAUUCAAAAACUAACUGAGAAUUGAUACAUCAUUCUCAUCUCAAUGCGUCAUAACUGACGCUUUCAGAUAGCGUGACAAAACGUAAGGAUUUUACACUAAAGGUACCCUUCAGCAUCCAUAUGAAACGCCCCCGUUUCCUACGUUGCAGCAACACAAGGGAGGCUAA